CUGGAUUAAAGAUGGAGGAAAGAGAGAAUUCCGAGGAAGGGGACGACGGUGCGGGCGAAGAAGAGGAGGAGGACCAAGGAUCUGGCGAGGACGGAGGCGAGGUGGGGGCGGAGAGAGAGCAAGAGGCGGAACUAAAGGAUUCGCUCAGGCCCUCAGUGCUGGACCUGCAGUUGGCACUGGCUCGACUGUGUGAGGAUGAGUACCAAGAUCAGCCAUCAAAAAUGCCUGUAUUAGGGCUGCAAAUUAAAGAUCAUCAAUUUGAAAGAUCUUUUUCAGGUAAUGGCAAAGUCCCUUCUCCAGGCAAAAUUGUGAAUGAACUUUUUAAAGAGGCAAAGGAGCAUGGAGCUAUCCCUAUCGAUGACACCAGCAAAUCCUCUGGAGCUUUUUAUAGAGCAAGGACAUUUACAGGUAGAGGUUACAAGCUUGGUGAUUCAUCAAAAAGGGAAUUCGAAUACAUGCAGGGUGAAGAUCCAUUCGAACAAGGGCAAGAGAUACAAAUUUUGCUGAAACUCUGGAGCAAUGGUUUCAGUUUAGAUGAUGGAGAACUGAGGUCUUACUCAGAUCCAAUAAAUGCAGAGUUUCUGGAAUCAGUCAAGAAAGGAGAGAUUCCAGUAGAGCUCCAACGACUGGUGCAUGGCGGUCAGGUGAACUUGGAUAUGGAAGACCACCAGGACCAAGAAUAUAUUAAGCCCAGGUUAAAAUUUAAAGCAUUCAGUGGAGAAGGAAAAAAACUUGGAAGUGUUACUCCUGAAAUUAUCAGUACCCCAUCAUCACCUGAAGAGGAACACAAGAGAUUUCUCAAUGCAGAGGUUGAUCUCGAUGAACAUGUACCAACAACCAAAAUUCAGAUUAGGCUAGCUGAUGGUACUCGGUUAAUACAAAGAUUUAACCUUAGUCACAGGAUCAUGGAUGUGCGUCAGUUUAUUAUCCAUGCCCGAUCAGACUUUGCCCAAUGUGAUUUUGCUUUGUUGACUACAUUUCCAAAUGUAGAACUUACAGAUGAAACCCAGACAUUGGAAGAAGCUGAUAUUCUCAACACUGUGAUUCUUCAAAGGCUAAAGUAGCCCUGAUGAUCUACAAACUGCAGCUCUCCAGUAUAUACCUGGAUAGGACUCUGAGGCACUUAAGAAAAGUUCUUGUUUUUUAUAUAAUUGAAUCACUCUUCAUUUUUACAACUACAACAUAAAACCUGUGUUGUAAACCACAUGCUGUUUUAACUGAAUAAUCAUAAAAGUUUCAUAGCCAGGAUCUCAGAUGUGUUUAGUUAGUACAACAAAACUACAGAACUAUUUUUAGAGAAAAGUAUUUAUUUAUUGCGCUGUCACUUGUACACUUCCUUUGUUAAAAUUUUAUUUUUGAAACUUUCAUUUACAACUUCUCUUAACUUAUAGAAGGUAAACCCAUACUGUACCCCUAUAGCAUUUACAGCUUCUCUGUUGUGUAUUUGUAACUGCUGGAAGUUUUCAUUCUGUGUUAACAUUUCUUCAUUUGAUAGUAAUGGGAAGGGGUGAUUCUGUCUCCUUUUCUCAAGUCUGUAAUGGGAAUAAAGUGACUUGCACUUUAAA